AUGUCAGUAAACGAUCAAUUCCCUACAAAUAUUCCAUUGAAAUAUGUACCUGUUGAUAAAAAUCACUUGAAAAUUUUACAAGCGGGUGAACCAAAAACAUUAGAUUUAAAAUCUGAAUUUAAAGACUCAACAGUUGUUAUUAGCGGAUACCCUGGUGCUUUUACAAAAGUAUGCCUGGCCAGUCACUUACCUGAUUAUAUUAAGCAUAUCAAGCAAUUUAAAGAUAAAGGCGUUAAGAAUAUCAUAUUUUUGUCUGUUAACGAUCCAUUUGUUAAUGCAGCAUUUGGAAAAGCAUUAUUCAAAGAUGCAGGUGUUGAUGAUGAAGACAACUAUGUAAUAUUUGCAACUGACCCAGAAGGUAAGCUUUCAAAAGAAUUGAGUGAAGAUUCAGUCAUGGAUUUGAGCUCAGCUGGUAUGGGAUUAAGAUUACAAAGAUAUGCAGCAAUUGUUGAAAAUGGAAUUAUUAAAUACUUAGGAAACGAAAGUGAAGGUAAUUUCACCGAAAUUUCAAGUGCUGAAAAUUUAUUAAAGAAAUUAUAA